UCAUUCCCGCGAUACAAGCAAACGAAGCAAUGAAAAUAGACUUGCACACACAUAUUUUGCCAGAGUCUUGGCCUGACUUGAAAGAGAAGUAUGGCUACGGAGGCUGGUUACAACUCCAUCACAAAUGUGAGGGCAAGGCCAACAUGAUGAAGGAUGGCAAACUGUUCCGAGUCGUUGACGACAACUGCUGGUCACCUGAGGCCAGGAUUAAGGAUAUGGAUACAACAGGUGUAACAGUACAAGCGUUGUCAACAGUUCCAGUUAUGUUCAGCUACUGGGCCAAGCCUGAAGAUACUUUGGAUCUCUGUCAGAUACUAAACAAUGAUUUGGCCAAAACUGUGAAGAAGUUUCCGGACAGGUUUGUUGGACUUGGGACCCUCCCCCUUCAGGCUCCUGACCUAGCGGUUCAGGAACUCGUCCGAUGUAAAACAGAAUUAGGGUUCACGGGUGUACAGAUCGGAUCCCAUGUCAAUGAGUGGAACCUAGACGCAAAGGAACUAAGACCUGUGUUUGCGGCUGCAGAGGAGCAUGACGUUGCCAUCUUCGUUCAUCCAUGGGACAUGGAGAUGUCAGGCCGCAUGAGCAAAUACUGGUUACCAUGGCUUGUUGGAAUGCCUGCAGAAACAGCAACUGCAAUAUGCUGUAUGUUGAUGGGUGGUGUACUGGAACAAUUUCCUAGACUCAAAGUGUGCUUUGCUCAUGGAGGUGGUUCAUUCCCCUACACUGUGGGACGAGUACAGCAUGGCUAUGAUGUCCGCCCCGAUCUGUGUGCUACAGAGUGUAACGUGUCACCACAGAAUUACCUUGGGAAAUUCUACACUGAUGGACUGGUACAUGAUUCAGAGGCUCUCAAACUGCUAGUCACCAUUAUAGGGGAGGAUAAGGUGAUAAUGGGGUCUGACUACCCGUUCCCUCUGGGCGAGCAUCACCCGGGGAAGUUGAUUGAGAAGAUGAAAUUUGAUGAUACUCUCAAGGACAAGUUGUUGGCAGGGAAUGCCUGUGAAUUCCUUGGCCUCGACAGAAAGAAAUAUGACCCAGCUGCAAGCUAGUUAUAGCUAGAUGAAGACUGACAGAGAGGUUAUGCAGGGAGCAAACAUAUUUUUUGUAUUCAAGGUGUAGGGAUGUUGUUAUUGGUUGUUUUAGUUCUACAGUAUAGGGUUUAUGCAGUAAAUAUAGGUUCAUAUAACCUGUCUGAAAAUAAGCUUGAGAGAAAACGUGUAGUCUACAUAAGUAAUAUAAGUCAUAUGACCUGCUUAAAAUUUAUAGUACAAAUUUAAUAUUGCAAAACCAAUUGAACCGAAGAAAAUUACUUAUUUCCAAUUGAUGGUGUAAAAGGCAAUCCUUGAGAGGGUUCUGGAGACAACGCUUUUGGCCUUUGGGAGUUAUUGCCCUUUGUUCAUGUUAUUAUAUAUCUGGAUCUGGUCCGUUUUUCUUUAUCCCGGUCGAAACGGUUGAACAGGUUAGACCAGAGUUGUUUGUUAAUGAAUUAAGGUUGGACCCAAUAAUCUGAUGCUACUUUUAGGCAAGCCUUAACAAAGCCUUGCAAGGCCUGCAUAAAUAUUUGCAGGUCCGCCAGGAUGCAUACCCCAAAAUGUUAUAUUUAAAAACGGACGUACCACUUGUCCACAUAAACAAACAGGCCCCUGGUCUAUAAUCAGCAACGCCCUAAAGGAUACAACAUAUCCAUGAUGUAAGUGGGCUGGGUUAUUCCAAGAUAUGAUUCCUGCCCCAAUGACAUGUGUGCUGAGAGUUGGUGUUUAGUGUCACAGUUGUUUUGCAGUUUGACAAACAUUGAUUGGAAAGGGAUGUACAACUGCAUUCCUAACCUAACAGUGUGAAUGUAGAUAAGAAUUUUUUUUUUUCAACUUUUGUAAUAGUUUAUGCCUUUUUUCAUCAAUUUCAAUCUCUGUCUUGUAAGAGAAACCUUCAAAUGUCUAUAUGAUAAUCACAUGUCGUCUGUCUUGUAAGAGAAACCUUCAAAUGUCUAUAUGAUAAUCACAUGUCGUCUGUAAAGUACACAUAACUAUAUCUAGGUGCUGUAUGUACCUUAGAGUGGCUUAUUAUCCUAGCCAGUUAUGGCACUACUAUAUUUAUCCAGUAAUAAGCCCAUGCCUGGUAAUAAGCCCAUGCCUGGUAAUAAGUCCAUGCCUGGUGAUAAGCCCAUGCCUGG